AACACAGAGAGAAUCUGCCCUGCUGAGCAGCAGUACACGACGUCGUGGGACCGUUAGUGCUCAGCAAGAAGGGUACGAACAGCGACGGUUCGAGCGGAGCUUCCCAAAAUAUCGUGGGAGGAGAUGGUCUUUUCUUCAGGACUGACAUAACAUUUAAAGCCAAUACACACAAUAUGGCCUCUAAUUCCAUCCACUGGUUUCGGAAGGGCCUGCGUCUGCAUGACAACCCUGCACUUCAGGAGGCAGUGCGGGGUGCAGGCACCAUCCGCUGUGUUUACUUCCUGGACCCCUGGUUUGCUGGAUCAUCCAACCUUGGGGUCAACAGGUGGAGAUUUCUCCUUCAGUGCCUAGAUGAUCUUGACUCCAGUCUCCGGAAGCUCAAUUCACGCCUUUUUGUUAUCCGAGGUCAACCAGCCAACGUUUUCCCACAACUAUUUAAGGAGUGGGAAAUAUCCAGGUUGACCUUUGAGUAUGACUCAGAACCUUUUGGGAAGGAGCGGGAUGCUGCCAUUAAGAAGCUUGCAAUGGAGGCUGGAGUAGAAGUCAUUGUCAAGAUCUCACAUACUCUUUACAAUCUGGACAAAAUCACUGAGUUGAAUGGCGGCCAGCCACCCCUCACCUACAAGCGUUUCCAGACUCUGAUCAGCCGUAUGGACCCACCAGAGAUGCCAGUAGAGACCCUGUCUAGCACCCUUAUGGGCUGCUGUGUCACACCUGUAUCUGAUGACCAUGGGGACAAAUAUGGCGUACCUUCUCUUGAAGAGCUGGGGUUUGACACAGAAGGACUUCCCUCUGCUGUGUGGCCAGGUGGGGAGACAGAAGCACUAACAAGGAUUGAGAGACACCUAGAGAGAAAGGCUUGGGUGGCCAACUUUGAGAGGCCAAGGAUGAAUGCCAACUCCCUGCUGGCCAGCCCCACAGGCCUGAGCCCUUACCUUCGCUUCGGCUGUCUCUCUUGUCGUCUCUUCUAUUUCAAACUCACAGACCUCUACAGAAAGGUAAAGAAGACCAGCACCCCUCCCCUUUCCCUCUAUGGCCAGCUGCUGUGGCGAGAAUUUUUUUAUACUGCUGCUACCACCAACCCGCGAUUUGACAAGAUGGAGGGCAACCCCAUCUGUGUGCGCAUUCCCUGGGAUAAGAACCCAGAGGCACUGGCCAAAUGGGCUGAGGCUAAGACUGGUUUCCCAUGGAUUGAUGCCAUCAUGACCCAGCUGAGGCAGGAGGGCUGGAUCCAUCACUUGGCUCGUCAUGCUGUGGCUUGCUUCCUCACCCGAGGAGACCUGUGGAUCAGUUGGGAGGAGGGCAUGAAGGUUUUUGAGGAGCUCCUACUGGAUGCCGACUGGAGUGUGAACGCAGGCAGCUGGAUGUGGCUCUCCUGCAGCUCAUUCUUUCAGCAGUUCUUCCACUGCUACUGUCCAGUAGGGUUUGGUCGGCGCACUGACCCUAAUGGGGACUUCAUUAGACGCUAUUUACCUAUUCUUCGAGGUUUUCCGGCCAAGUAUAUCUACGAUCCGUGGAACGCCCCGGAUUCAGUGCAAGCUGCAGCAAAGUGCAUCAUUGGAGUCCAUUACCCAAAGCCCAUGGUGAACCAUGCAGAAGCCAGUCGCCUUAACAUUGAGAGGAUGAAGCAGAUCUACCAGCAACUCUCCCGCUAUAGAGGACUAGGACUUCUGGCCUCAGUGCCAUCUACGCACAACGGGAACGGGAACGGGAUGGCCUACUCUCCAGGAGAACAGCAGUCUGGGAACAACACACCAGCACCGGCCAUGUCAGGCAGCUCUGUUGCCAGUGGUAACUGGAGUGGAAGUAUUCUGCUGAACUUUGACAGUGAGGAGCACCAGGGAGUAAGCAGAAUGCAGCAGCAACAAAGGCUAGGACGUGUCCUUCACAUAGCAGGACGUGCCACAUGUAAAAGGGAACGAGAAUCGGAACGAGACACUGAAGGAGAUGACACACUCACCACCUCUCACAAGCUACAGCGACAAAUAGCAGAGACCACUACUGUGCAUGGCAACCAACCUGAAGAGCUAGCUGGACAUAUCAAACUAAAGUGACCAUAGAAGCAAGCACUGGUUUUAAUAUGAAGACUUUUUAUUUGUUUUUGAAGGAAUUGGGAAUUGGAUUGCUGGGCCAUAUGGUUUAGAAUUAAUAGCCUGAAUGAUCAAUUAUAAAGAAGGUGAAUGAAACUGGUCCUUUCUCUUUCAACACAAUUAUAUAUUUAUUUUUUUGUUGGCAAUAUUUUUGUCAUUUAAUGCAGGUAAAUACUAUUUUUUCCAGGAAAAAAAACUGCUACUGUCACUAUAGUAUUUUGUAAAUUUGGAAACCUUUUAUAUCAAGAAAAAUAUAAAAGGCAUCAGAUCUUUGCAGCAGCCAGUGUAUUUGAAUAUUUAUAUGCAUUACUGAGAGUCUUAGUAGCGCAUGUGUUAUCUACAAUUGAUUGCAAAAGUUUGCAUACCUUUACUUUUAAAUAAUAAAACCAACAAUGCAACAUUUAUUGUCUUGCUAUUAAUAGUGAGGAAUUUCAAAAUGGCAUUUCAGAAUGUGAUGUGAAUGUGUUAUUGUUGUUUCUGUUAUUCCGCUUGCCUCUAAGGACUUUUUCAUGAUUUUUGUUAAUCACUCACAAAAAGUAUUUUUUUAAAGAAUAUUUUUCCACUUUUUGGUCAUGAUUUUGUGUCUCUAUUUUUUCCAUUUCCAUUUUCAAUUUCAUACUGUUCACCAGCUCAGGUAAAGGUCAGUUUUACGGCUUUUCCCCCCCUAAUUCUGCUGACUAUUGACUCACAAAUUUGUGAGCCUGUUUGAAAUUUUCAUGAUAUAAAUAAGGCCGAACAAAGUAAAUGUGUUGACUGCUUAUUGAGGUACAUUAAAAUAAAUCAGAACAUGUAAUUGGGGUGCAGACUUUUGGACUUCCUAGUAAAGAUAACUUAGUUACUAUAAUGCUAUAUUAUAAAAGGCAUUCAGUUGGAUAGCAUGAAAAAGCAUGAAGAAGUCCUGUUCUGUAAACAGAGGUAGAUUUUUUUUUUUCACCCAUAAAAUGAGGGAUGCAAACUUUUGCACUCAUGUAUAUUGAACAAUAUCAGUUUGUCACAAUUUUCUCAUUUUUAAAGCCAUAUUAUCCCGUAUUUCAUAUUUGUAAGAUAAUCCAUACUUAUAUUAAUGCCAUUUUGUUAAUUUAUGGGAAAAAAAAGUCCUGGACUCUAGUAUGGUAAAUAAUAUAAAUUUGUUUUUAGAUUCUCAUGGUAAUAUUGAUUUAAUUAGAAGUGCCCAUUUCUUUUAUUUAGGAUUAAAUGAGCAUCAACACAUUAUAGAGUGCUUCACGGUGGUCUAUAGAUAAACAAACAUUGUAAGUCAGUUUUCCUUAAGAAUUAUUUAAAAAUUCUGUUUUGUUUUAUUUUAUUUUAUUUUUUAUGAUUUAGACCUCCUGGUCUGACCUCACAGCCAUCAAAUGCCUAAAGCACAACGAAAUGCUGUUAAAAAAUGGGGGUAACUGGAGAAGAUGCUCAUACCAGCUAUUCAUCAUAAUACAGAUGCGUAAAAUACGUGAUUUUAAUGUUGUACAUACAUCUAGUUUUAUAGUUGUGCAUUAGCACCCUUUUGUUACCCCCUUUCUUUUUUUUGCCCCUCUCUCAUUACUGUAAAUCUGCUCUGCUUGAACAAGUGUGGAGGCAUUCCAAAGGUGAACAUGAUUAUUUUCCUCCUGCUGAUAGUUUGUUUGGUUUGUUUUUUGUUUUUUUUACACUGUAAGUUGUGUUCCAUCAAAUCACACAUGUGAAGCAUCAAAUUCAGCAGCAGUAUUUAUUGUAAGGGAGAUGAGAUUUUUUUUUCUUUUUAUGUUUUAAUAUCACAAAAGAUGUAAAACCCAACAUAUACUACAGCUAUUUCCAAAGGCUUUUUUUCUGCACAUACCAAAAUACCUAAAGAGUAGAAAUCACUAAAACUUCUAUGUACAAAAUCACAGAACAAAACUUUCCGUUUGAGCAAAUGAUUUAUAUACCUAAAGCAUCAUUUUUGAAAGCACUCAAAGUGCAUAAUUGGGCAUUGUGCUUCUCUUAACUGAUCUAUGUAUCUAAUUGCUACUGAUUUAUAUAUAUAUAUAUAUAUAUAUAUAUAUAUAUAUAUAUAUAUUUUUUUUUUUUUUUUGCUGGUCAAAUGACCAACAUCAGUCUUAAAGCUGUUACAUCUACAUAAACGUUUACAGUGUCACCAGUCCAGGUGCUAGUAAGAGUUCUUUCUCUAGAAUGUAAAUAUUAGACCAUAAACCUUAUACCUGUGUGUGCAGUGAUUAAUCAAUGGUAAUUGAUGCAUAAUUUGCUGAAUUUGUGUUUGUGCUGUUCUGACUGCUAUUGGUGUAGCUGCAUCUGUACUGCGAUUAGUGUAGAAGAAGGACUGUUACUACCAUGUGUAAGGAUUGGCGUAACUUUUGAAUGUUGAGAGUGCUUUUUAACUCUAAUUCCUGUGUGCUGUUGUAGUUAUCUGUAUUUGUCACCGCGAAAUAAGAGAAGUCUUUUUUCCUCUACUUGGAUUUGUUUUGUUAAUUUUAUUUCCUUUCGGUGAAAUGUGUUUGAUUUGACACUUUAUACCCAUCCUCCAGUCUUUAAAAAUGAGGUUGAAGACAGAAGUAAAGUGUUGAACCAUUA